AGUUCGAAGUUGAUUCGGUACGAACGUGUUCGCGUGGCCGCUGCGCGCUGUAAAAAGAGAAAGACUCUGUGUGUAAGAUCUUGGGGACUUGGAAAAAUUCUUUUUUAUAUAUUUUGAGUACAAACUCGCGCAGUAAAUGCAAAAGGCACAAAACUAGCUUAUGUAGUAGCUAGCAGCGGCAUUUACCGAAUACCUUAAAUACAUAUAUAUAUAUACGUAAAUAUAUAUAUUUUAACAACAAAAAUAUAUAAAUUUAAAGUGUAGCGUAAAGCAAAUUAAAAUUAACAAAAAAAAAAACGAAAGAAAAAAAGUGAAGUUGGGAAAAAGCCGAGAGCGCCGCACUGCCAACUGAGAAAUUGUGCAAAAUGAGUGGGGAUGUGGCUGCUGAAAAUAAUUUACACGUGCAAAAUGGCGGCAGCUGCGAAGUGCAAUCGAAUGGUGUAACCACCAAUGGACACCAUAAUAAUCACCAUCAUAGCAGCAGCAGCAGCGGCGGCGGCAGCAGCAGCAGUAAACACAAGUCCUCCAGCAAGGAUAAGCAUCGUGAUAAGGACAGAGGUGGCGAGCACAAAAGCUCCAGCUCAUCGUCCAGAGAACACAAGAGCAGUAGCAGCAGUAGUAGUCGCGACAAGGAUAAGCAUAAGAGCAGCAGCAGCUCCUCUAGCGGCAAGGAUAAGCAUCGCGAUAAAGAACGUAGCGAUGGCAGCAAUUCGCAUCGCAGCUCAUCAUCGUCGUCCAGUCAUCGCGACAAGGACGGCAAGCACAAGUCUUCUUCAUCAUCGUCGUCGUCAUCGUCGUCUAGAGAUCACCACAAGAGCAGCAGCAAGGAUAAAGAGCGCAAGGAUAAAGAUCGCAGCAGCAGUAGCAGCAGUUCCUCUAGCCGUGACAAGCACAAGUCCUCCUCAUCUUCUUCGUCGUCGAGCUCACGCCACAAGAGCUCAUCGUCGUCGUCAUCAUCGCGAAGCAAACAUUCCAGUUCGAGUUCAAGUUCAAGGCACGGCGGCUCAUCAUCAUCAUCAUCAGCAUCGACGACGACAAAAGAUCCCUCUUCCUAUGAUGGUGUCUUUCUCAAGCCAGAGCCCGUUUCACAAGGACAUGGACUGGAGAACGAAGAUCCUUUGCAAAUGCAGUUGCAGCAACAGCAGCAGCAGCAACAAAUGCAACAGCUCCAACAGCAACAGCAGCAACAAUAUCAUCUUCAACAGCAGCAGCAGCAACAACAAUUUCAACAGCAGCAACAACACUUCCAGCAACAGUUGCAGCAGCAGCAGCAGCAACAGCAACAAUACCAGCAUCAUCAACAGCAAAACGUCGAUUGCAAUGGCUAUAAGAAUGGCUACGAGGAGCAUGUGGAUGUGAAAAAAGAAGAGGAGAGCUUUAACAUAUCACAGGCCAGCUCCUGUGAUUAUUCCCUGUCACAGUUUCGUCCCGAUGAGCCAUCGUUUGUUGUCAAACAGGAGCAGACCUACAACGAAGAAGACAGCGCCUUAAACGAUGAUGACGACGACGAGGAUGAGGGUAACAAUGAGAAUGACGAUGAUGAGGAUGUGCCGUUGGCCAUACGGAAACGCAAACAGGAACCCGUUGAUGAUUUCGAUGGUGGCGCUGACGAUGAUGAUGACAUUCCGUUGCUGGCGCGCAAGAAGGUCAAAAAGGAGUCCAAGGAGAAGAAGAACAAGAAGAAGCGCAUUAAGGAGGAAGUUGACGAUGACUAUGGACAAAAAGUGCCCAAAAAGAAGAUCAAAAAGGAGAGUGAGAUUAAAGCGGAGGUCAUGACGACGUCGCCCACAAAGACAUCGCGCAAGGGCAAAAAGGAUGAGGAGGAGGAAGUGUGGCGAUGGUGGGAAGAGGAGAAACGCGACGAUGGCGUCAAAUGGACAACACUGGAGCACAAAGGACCCGUAUUUGCGCCCCCAUACGAACGUGUGCCGCGCAACGUGCGCUUCUUUUACGACGGCAAACCGCUGGAGUUAACCGAGGGCACUGAGGAGGCGGCCACUUUCUAUGCCAAGAUGUUGAAUCACGACUACUGCACCAAGGAUGUAUUCAAUAACAAUUUCUUCAAGGAUUUCCGCAAAACGAUGAGCGCCAAGGAGAAGGAGAUUAUCAAAGACUUUCGCAAAUGCAAUUUCCAGGAGAUGUUCGAAUACUUCCAGGCCGAAUCCGAGAAGCGUAAAGCGGCCACCAAAGAGGAGAAACUUUCCAAGAAGCUGGAGAACGAGGCCUUGGUUAAGGAAUAUGGCUUCUGUAUGAUCGAUGGCCACAAGGAGAAAAUUGGCAAUUUCCGUUUGGAGCCGCCCGGUCUGUUUCGCGGUCGUGGCGAACAUCCUAAAAUGGGCAUGAUCAAGUGCCGCAUUUCCGCCUCCGAUGUGUCCAUCAAUUGUGGCAAACAAUCGAAAGUGCCACCACCGCCGCCCGGACAACGCUGGAAGGAGGUGCGUCACGAUAACACUGUCACAUGGCUGGCCUCGUGGAUUGAGAAUGUGCAGGGCCAGGUGAAGUACAUCAUGUUGAAUCCGUCGUCGAAACUCAAGGGCGAGAAGGAUCACAUCAAAUACGAAACGGCGCGACGCCUGGACAAGGUGAUUGACAAGAUACGUGCCACAUAUCGUGACGAAUGGAAAUCGAAAGAGAUGCGUGUACGUCAACGGGCUGUUGCUCUCUAUUUCAUCGAUAAGCUAGCGCUGAGAGCGGGCAACGAAAAGGAUGAGGAUCAAGCGGAUACCGUGGGUUGUUGUUCGCUGCGUGUGGAGCAUGUGCAGCUGCAUAAAGAGCUCAAUGGCAAGGAGAAUGUGGUCGUAUUUGAUUUCCCUGGUAAGGAUUCCAUACGCUAUUACAACGAGGUCGAGGUGGAGAAGCGUGUGUUCAAGAAUCUUGAAUUGUUCAUGGAGAACAAGAAAGAGGGCGAUGACCUCUUCGAUCGCCUUAAUACCCAAGUGCUAAACGAGCAUCUCAAGGAGCUGAUGGAGGGACUAACGGCUAAAGUAUUUCGUACAUAUAACGCAUCGAAAACGUUGCAAAGCCAAUUGGAUCUGCUAACGGAUGGAGAUGCCACAGUUGCCGAAAAGUUGCUCGCCUAUAAUCGCGCCAAUCGUGCCGUUGCCAUUCUCUGUAACCAUCAGCGUUCCGUGCCCAAGGGACAUCAGAAAUCGAUGGAGAACCUUAAAGAGAAAAUACGCGCCAAGCGCGAUGCCAUCGAUGACUGCGAGUCCGAAUAUCAUGAUCUGAAGAAGGCGGCCAAACGUGGCUCUGUGAAGGAGAAGGUGAUGGCCGAUAAGAAGGCCAAGCAGCUGGAGCGCAUGAAGGAUCAGCUGAAAAAAUUGGAACUACAAGAGACUGAUAGAGACGAGAAUAAGACCAUUGCCCUGAGCACAUCCAAACUAAAUUAUCUCGAUCCACGUAUAUCGGUGGCAUGGUGCAAAAAGCAUGGUGUGCCGAUUGAGAAGAUCUUUAAUAAAACCCAAAGAACCAAAUUUCUUUGGGCCAUUCAUAUGGCCGAUGAAAAUUAUCGUUUUUAAAGCAAAAUGCAUAAACAAUUGAAACAAUGUAACAUCUAAAAAAUAGAUAUACACACACAAUCACACACAUACACACACACAAACACAGAUAAAUAAAUACUGAGAAACAGGGACGGAAAUCAGGAGCAGCAGCAAGAAGAGGAACAACGGCCGCCAAAAACAACUUUGACCAAAACAAAAGGAAAAAAAAAUAGGCCAAGAACAACACUAACAACAUCAACAACAAAAUAUCAACAACCACCGCGCAUAAAAAAAAAAAAAAAAAAAAAAUAACCAAUAAUGUUUUAGUGGCCUUCUUCCUCACCCGCCCGCCCCCACUCCGAAUCCUUAAGAGGAUUUGUAACGCUGCACUUGGAUGUUGGAUGUUGGAAGAAGAGAGUGGGAAGUGAAAGUGUAAAGUUUAACUUGGCAGCACUUUUUAUUUUUCGAACUGUACUCAAAAACGCAAACUAAUACAUGUAAACAUAUAUACAUGUACUCACAAACACAUACACAACACACACCCACACACUUGCACUCUAACUUUACAUAGCGCAUAUGUAUUGAGGAGUAUGUGUGUGAGUCUGCGUGUGUGUUUGUAUGUGAGCACAUGUAUGUGUGUGCGAUGCCCGAGAACAUAAUUAUGUUGUAUAAUUAAUUACGUUCCCUCCCCACAACCACAAAUUAAACAAGAAACAGAGAUAUUUUCGUAAAUUUACAAUAAUUUUGAGUUUUUUUUUACAUAUAUAUAUAUUAUUAUUUUUUUCAUUGUAAAAUUUUAUGUUUAUAAUUAUAGUUGAUCUUCGUUUAGCAAAAAGCUUAUACCUAUAUACAAAAAAACAAACAAGCAUAUAAUAAAAUACAUAUAAUAAUUAUUAAGGGACAGUGCUAAGUGAUGAGAAAACCUUGUAGCCCACUUUUAGCAUAGCAUAAUUUAUUCGAUUAGAGAGCAGCGAAGCAGCAAAAAUAAAA